AUGCUGAAUACACUGAUCACCUGUCUACUCCUUGUCCCUCGUCUUUAUGCAGAGAUCUCUACACCGGACUCCACAUUAAAGGCAGCUAAUCUUGAAGACUCCUCGAAUGUCACAACACUUCCACUGUUUGAUCUCGAUGAACAACUGUCAAAAAUCAAUAAUUCUUGCUUACCCCGAACGGACUAUAAGCAACUAUCGAGUGAUUUCGUCACCGGUCCCAUUGCUAACAGAUACAACCGCCAGCUGCUCGAAAAAGCUCAUCGAGCUAUUGGACUCAGGGAAUUGCGUGCCGUUCUGGGAUUUUACAUAUCCGUUGAGUGGACUAACGAAUAUCAGCCAAGCGAUAAAGAUUUCACAGACGACCUAACAAUUGAGAAGUACUAUGAGUUUAUCGAGUCAGAAAAGAGACAUGUCAGCAGAACCAGCAGUUAUUUCCACGAGUCGCAAUUCCUUUCGGGUAUCGAAUUUUUGGACAAACACUUGCCAGCUGUUCGCAAUGUUUAUCGGCGGUAUUUUGAAGGGAUUCGUCGUCAUCCAGAUCCAAGAAUGACUAGCUACGAUCUAGGCCAGAUGCUUAAAAAAUAUGAUGUCAUUAGUGGCCGAGUGUACCACGCAAUCAGAGGAGUUGUGGACAAACAGGAAUUCGAUCUUUGCAGUGGAACAGAGUUAAAGGAGAAUGACGAGAAGGGGAAUUUACAAGAAAGUUUGAGUAUUGAUCAGUUGUAA